AUGCACGACAAGAAUGCUGAGAUACGCAAGGUCUGUGACAACACUCUGGACAUAAUCGCUGAGGGUUUCUCCCAGUUCCAUGGGCUGGUGACCCACUAUAAAAUCGGAGCUCUGUGUAUGAAUGUCAUGGAACACGAACUGAAGAGAUACGACCUCUGGCAGGACGAACUGCAGAAGAAGACCAGGACAUAUAUCCUUCACUUCAGGCUCUGGGUCUGGGCCUUGAGGAAGGAACAUGAGAAGGCCUUUAAGAAGUACCAGGGACUACUGGUGAAACAGGAGCAGCUGCUGAGAGUUGCUCUGUACCUGUUGUUGAACCUGGCUGAGGACACCAGGACAGAGCUGAAGAUGAGAAACAAGAACAUCGUCCACAUGCUGGUGAAGACCCUGGACCGGGAGAACGAGGAACUACUGGUGCUGGUGGUGUCCUUCCUCAAGAAACUCAGCAUCUUCCUGGAGAACAAGAACGAUAUGGCGGAGGUGGACACCGUAGAGCGUUUGUCUCGUUUAGUCCCGUGUGAACAUGAAGACCUGCUGAACAUCACGCUGCGUCUCCUCCUCAACCUCUCCUUUGACACCGGGCUACGCAUCAAGAUGGUGCAGGUCGGCUUGCUGCCCAAACUCACCUCCCUGCUGGUAUGUGACGAGAACCACAAGCAGAUGGCCAUGUGUAUCCUGUACCACAUCAGUGUUGAUGACAGGUUCAAGUCCAUGUUCGCCUACACCGACUGCAUCCCACAGUUGAUGAAGAUGUUGUUUGAGCACGGUGAGGAGAGGAUCGAUGCUGAGCUCAUCUCCUUCUGUAUCAACCUGGCAGCUAACAAGAAGAACGCUCAGCUCAUCUGUGAAGGUAAUGGUCUGAAGAUGUUGAUGAAGAGAGCUCUGAAGCUGAAGGAUCCUUUACUUAUGAAGAUGAUACGAAACAUCUCUCAACACGACGGACCACCCAAACACCUCUUCAUCGACUAUGUAGGAGACCUGGCAGCCCAGAUCACUCCUGAUGAAAAUGAAGAGUAUGUGAUCGAGUGUCUGGGGACCCUGGCUAACCUCACUAUCGCUGAUCUGGACUGGGAACUGGUGUUGAAGGAGUACAACCUGGUACCUUACUUUAAAGAUAGGCUCAAACCAGGCUCUGCAGAGGAUGACCUGAUACUAGAGGUGGUGAUCAUGAUCGGGACGGUGUCCAUGGACGACAGCUGUGCCGCCAUGUUGGCCAAGUCUGGCAUCAUCCCUGCUAUCAUAGAACUACUCAACGGUAAGACAGACAUCAUCCCUGCUAUUAUAGAACUACUGAAUGCCCAACAGGAGGACGAUGAGUUUGUGUGUCAGAUCGUCUAUGUGUUUUACCAGAUGGUGUUUCACCAGGCUACCAGGGAGGUCAUCAUUAAAGAGACACAGGCUCCGGCGUACCUUAUCGACCUGAUGCACGACAAGAAUGCUGAGAUACGCAAGGUCUGUGACAACACUCUGGACAUAAUCGCUGAGUAUGAUGAGGAGUGGGGGAGGAAGACUCAGAGAGAGAAGUUCCGAUGGCAUAACUCUCAGUGGUUGGAGAUGGUGGAGAGUAGGCAGAUGGAGGAGGGAGAGCCCUUCAUGUACGGAGAGGAUGGAGAGAUGGACAGACCUGACCUCUUCUACAGCACGGACGGGAUCACCCCUGCGUCAGGAGCGGUCAGUCCUGACUUCUUCAGUGAUCCCUACGCACAGAAUGGAGACGGACAACACGGGUACGAUAGUGAGACAAACUUUAACACUCCCAAACACUAUUGA